AUGGACAGAGCCAUGGGGCUGCGGGGGCUGCUGUGCACGUACCUGGCAUCUUUCCUCACCCUGCAGGCUUUGCCUGCUUGGGGUUCCACCACAGGCAGGACCAGGGGCAGUGAGAAGCGACAGGCUAUGGACACAGUAAGAGUGGAUGGUGUAGUCAUCCGGCGUAUGAAAAUCAACUGCAAAGUCACCUCUCGCUUUGCCCACUAUGUCAUCACCAGCCAAGUGGUCAACAAUGCCGACGAGGCCAAGGAAGUGGCCUUUGAUGUAGAAAUCCCCAAGACCGCCUUCAUCAGUGACUUUGCCAUCACAGCGGAUGGAAAUGCAUUUGUUGGAAACAUCAAGGACAAAACAACUGCAUGGAAGCAGUACCGGAAAGCUGCCAUCUCAGGAGAGAAUGCUGGCCUUGUCAGGGCCUCAGGAAGAAAUAUGGAGCGGUUCACCAUCCACAUUACCAUCAGUCCCCGGAGCAAGGCCAUAUUCCAGCUGACCUACGAGGAGGUGCUGAAGCGGAAACUUGGGCAGUAUGACAUUGUCAUCAAAGUCAAGCCCAAGCAGCUGGUGCAGAAUUUUGAGAUUGAAGUGGACAUCUUUGAGCCCCAGGGGAUCAGGAAGCUGGAUGCCCAGGCCUCCUUCCUCCCCAAGCACCAGGCCCAAACCAUCAAGAAGUCCUUUUCAGGGAAAAAGGGUCACGUGCUUUUCCGCCCUACCGUGAGUCAGCAGCAGUCCUGCCCCACGUGCUCCACAACUUUGCUGAAUGGGGACUUCAGGGUGACCUACGAUGUCAAUCGAGAAAAGAUCUGUGACCUUCUGGUUGCCAAUAAUUACUUUGCCCACUUCUUGGCACCCCAAAACCUGACUAACCUGAACAAGAACCUGGUUUUUGUGAUUGAUGUCAGUGGCUCCAUGCAAGGCCAGAAAGAGAAGCAGACCAAGGAGGCUCUCCUUAAAAUCCUUGGGGAUAUGCGGCCAGACGACUACUUUGACCUGGUUCUCUUUGGGUCUCAAGUGCAGUCAUGGAGGGGCUCACUGGUGCAGGCAUCAGCCACCAAUCUGCAAGCGGCACGCAACUUCGUGGAGCGCUUCUCUGUGGCUGGGGCCACAAAUCUGAAUGGAGGUUUGCUCCAGGGAAUUGAGAUCUUGAACAGAGCUCAGGAGAGCUUUCCAGCACACAGCAAUCAUGCCUCUAUUCUCAUCAUGUUGACAGAUGGCGAGCCCACCGAGGGGGAGACGAACCAUUACCAAAUUCGUGAGAACAUCCGCAACGCCAUCCGGGGCAGGUUCCCACUCUACAACCUGGGCUUCGGCAACAAAGUGGACUUCAACUUCCUGGAGGCCAUGUCUAUGGAGAACAACGGGCGGGCUCAGAGAAUCUAUGAGGAUCGUGAUGCCACCCAGCAACUGAAGGGCUUCUAUAACCAGGUAGCCAACCCCCUGCUGGUGGAUGUGGAAAUGCAGUACCCCCAGGAAGACGUGGUGGCCCUGACCCAGCACCAUCAUAAACAGUACUACGAAGGCUCAGAGAUCAUUGUGGCUGGGCAUAUUGCUGACCAGAAGCUGAGCAACUUCAAGGCUAAUGUGCGGGCCCAUGGGGAGGGCCAAGAAUUUCAGACAACCUGCCUGGUGGAUGAGGAAGAGAUGAAGAAGCUGCUUCAUGAGCGAGGCCAUAUGCUGGAGAACCAUGUUGAGCGCCUCUGGGCCUACCUUACCAUUCAGGAGCUGCUGGCCAAGCGGAUGAAGGUGGAGGGGGAGGAGAAGGCCAACUUGUCAGCCCAGGCCCUGAAGAUGUCACUGGCCUAUCAGUUCGUGACCCCGCUGACUUCCAUGACCAUCAGUGGCAUGGCUGACCAGGAUGGCCUGGGGCCCACCAUUGACAAGCCCGAAGAAGGUAUAAGCACUGCGGAGUUGGUGGGACCUAAAAGGAUGUACAGGCUGUCUGCUUUGCAGCCUUCUCCUACUCACUUCAGCCCCAUUGGCCAGCAAUUGCCAGACCAAGUGACUGGUGUGGACACUGACCCCCACUUCAUCAUCCACGUGCCCCAGAAAGAGGACACCCUGUGCUUCAACAUUAACGAAGAGCCUGGUGUGGUCUUGAACCUGGUGCAAGACCCCGAUACAGGUUUCUCAGUGAACGGGCAGCUCAUUGGCAGUGAGGCUCCAUAUGAAGGCACAUAUAUUGGGAGGCUGGGGAUCACCAACCCAGCAACAGGCUUUCAGCUGGAAGUGACUCCUCAGAACAUUACUCUGAACCCUGGCUCAGGCGGGCCCAUGUUCUCCUGGAGCGACCAGGCUGUGAUGCGGCAGGACGAGGUGGUAGUGACCAUCAACAAGAAGAGGAGCCUGGUAGUGUCCAUGGGCGACAGGGGCACCUUCGAGGUUGUACUGCACCGAACGUGGAAGAGCAGUGCUGUCCACCAUGACUUCCUGGGCUUCUACAUGCUGGACAGUCACCGGAUGUCAGCCCGGACACACGGGCUCCUGGGACAAUUCUUCCACCCCUUUGAUAUCGAAGUGUCUGACAUCCGUCCAGGCUCUGACUCAACAAAGCCAGAUGCCACGAUGGUGGUGAAGAACCGCCGGCUGACAGUGACCAGGGGCUUGCAAAGAGACUACAGCAAGGACCCCCGGCAUGGGGCUGAAGUGACCUGCUGGUUCGUCCACAACAAUGGUGCUGGGCUUAUUGACGGCAUCCACACAGACUAUAUCGUCCCUGACAUCUUCUGA